AUGGGUGACGCACCACUCUCACCGGAGCAUGUGCUCGUUGUUUUCUACCGGGCAAUGCCAGAAGAGCUGAAAGAUGUUAUCCGCAACAAAUUCUCUGAUGCCAAGGUCACUAUUCAUCAGUCUCAGCCAGGUGUUCCUGUGCCAUCGGAAUUAUACCAAAGUGCUACAGUCCUUGUAACUUUCACGGAUCUGCCAGAUCUCAAGGACUCGAAGAACCUGAAACUAAUUCAUGCCUUCUCUGCUGGUGUGGACCAUAUAUUGCAACACCCGAUUCUACGGGAAAGUGAUAUUCCCAUCACGACAAGCUCGGGUAUCCACGGUCCCCCUAUUGCAGAAUGGACCGUGAUGAACUGGCUGGUGUCAUCCCGGAAAUAUGCCUUGAGCUAUGAGGCACAGAAAUCACGCACCUGGGCAGAGAAAGAUGGGUACAUGAAAGGUAUACAUGAUCAAGUGGGCAAGAAGAUAGGUAUUCUAGGAUAUGGAAGUAUCGGGCGCCAAAUUGCCCGCAUCUCAAGCGCAUUAGGCAUGACCGUCUACGCACACACGGCCAAUCCACGCCCAACACUCGUAUCCCGCCAUGAUACAGGCUAUAUCGUGCCUGGAACUGGAGACCCAGACGGUUCGAUCCCGGUAUCGUGGCACCAUGGAACCGACCGCGAAGCUAUCCACUCUUUCUUGUCUCUCGGACUGGAUCAUCUCGUGGUCUCACUUCCGCUGACUCCACAAACAACCCGUCUUCUCGGCGCAGAGGAAUUCGCCCUUCUAUCUGAGAACUCUCAUCACCAUACGAGCAAGCCUUACGUGACCAACAUCUCGCGGGGCAAGGUCAUCGAUCAGAAGGCGUUGGCUGAUGCAUUGAAUUCUGGGGUUUUGGGCGGUGCCGCCCUUGAUGUGACUGACCCUGAACCUCUUCCAGAGGAUGAUCCUCUCUGGGAUGCACCUAACGUUCAGAUCAGUCCACAUAUCAGUGGCCUUGGGGAGGAGAUGUUCCCGCGCUCUCUUGAUAUUCUCAAGGCGAAUUUGGGGCGUAUUGCUCGGGGUGAGCCGCUGAUCAACUCAUAUGUACGGGGCAAAGGGUAUUAG